ACACACACACACACACACACACGGGAAUCAGAGAAGAUCAAGAGGUUAUGUGUUGACAGGCCGGAGUCGGCACCCUGUAGCUGUCACCCCGCAUCUGCAGUUAAUUAGGGGUAAUUUAGCUAGAAAUGGGAAUGUAUGCAUAUGAGUGUUGGCAGACCGGAACCGGCAUCCUGCCGAUAUAGACUGUUUGGUCAUUGCAUUGUUUUCACACACACAGGAACUUAUAAAGAUAUGGGGUACCUAGUGACUGUGGAUAUUAAAAACUUGGAGAAUGGAAUGCAGCGUCCUGUGAAGAUCAAGAAGAUUGGAGGAAGUGUGAAAUUUAUGCAUUUACAUAGUAUUGUGUACCUGGAGGAGCACAAGGUAUAUAACCAGCUAUUUCCGAUCUAGCAGGGAUAGUGUGUGUGUGGAGAGGUCUCUGUGUUGUGUCUCCGUAUCUGAGAGAAUAGGACUUCUGAACCUGACAGCGGAGAAUGGCUCAAGCAUCCGUGACUCUAAACGGAGGGGUGAACCUUCAAGCAGAGGAGUCUGAUUCAUCAACUGAUACCUCAACAUCCGAGACCUCGUCUGAUACUGACUCCUCAUCUGUGCUUUCAGAGGCAGUACCCGAUCUGUGGGGCGAUUUGGACCAAUAUUUCCAAGAAGGGUUAUCGCCAUCAUCACAGCCACAGGAUGACGCAACGGGGCAUACCUCAGACGGUCAAAACAUUAUACAAUCUUUAGAGGCUGCCCGGUUAACCGGAAGAGAUCCAGCUGAUGUGAUACCGCGUCAGAAUUUUGAAGAUCAACCGCCAUUUCACCGGGAGUCUGUCUCACCCGCUAAUCAACCGCUGAUGACCGCGGAGAGGCCUCAACCAGCGGACAGGGAUCCAGGAUUCUCAUCGGGUCGCAACCGCAGGAGAACCAGUUCUGAGAUUCCAUACCCGAGAUCCCGCGGGGCUUCCAGCGAAGGAUUUCCAUCGGCACGCUCAAACAGACCCAGGUCCAGACCAUCCAGGUGUCCUCGGUGCUGCGGAGCUACACACCAGCAAUUGGAUCUGAUGUCUAGAGCCUUUUGGCUCCUCUGUCAGAAGAUAGGUGUACAAAGUGACAAUUUGUAAACUGUUUCAGACUGUGAUUUUUAUCAUCUGUAUAAUUGCAAUGAUGCUGAUUUAAGGUUUUUAAAAGCGUUUGAUUUGUAUGAGGUCAUGGAUCAACACACCUUAUUAGCUAUUGAAUUGUUAGAGAGUUUAACAGACUCAGUAGCACAAAAUCUCCAGAAUGCGUCGGGUUUUCAAAACGAUUUAACUGAAAAUGAUUUGA